AUCCCCAAGGGGAAGGCCCUACCUGCGAAUUGAGAGUCGAUCAUAUUUCAUUAUUUGAGAAAUCUCACAAAAAUGGAACAGUUAUUCAACAAGUUCUUCGAUUCCGUCUCUAACCUUUUCAGCGGCAGCGAUGAGAUCCCCUGGUGCGAUCGCGACGUCAUCCACGGGUGCGAGAAAGAAGUAGCAGAAGCCAACAAGGGUGACUCAGAUGAACACAAGAGCGAAAGCAUAAUGAGGUUGUCAUGGGCGCUUGUUCACUCAAGGCAACCUGAAGAUGUGCAGCGUGGAAUUGCAAUGCUUGAAGCUUCAUUGGCCAACGGUAGCUCCCCUUUGCAUCAAAGAGAGAAGCUUUACCUGCUGGCUGUUGGAUACUUCAGAACCGGGGAAUAUUCAAAUUGCCGUCAUCUAGUGAAGCAAUGCUUAGAGAUUGCCCCUGAUUGGAGACAGGCUCUGACCCUUAAGAAGACCGUUGAGGAUAAAAUAGCCAAAGAUGGCUUUGUGGGAAUAGGCAUUACUGCUAGUGCUGUUGGGCUUAUAGCAGGUGGGAUUGUUGCAGCGUUGGUUCGCAGGUGAUAGGCAUAAGCCAACAAUGUUCAUAAUAACUUGCUAUCGAUUACCCUAAUCAAGGGUAAACAAAGUCUCCAGCUCCACACCUUUUAUUUUCUGAAAAAAAGAAGAAGCUUCAAAUCGAAUAUAUUUUGUGCGGGAAUUAGUAGGUUUUUUUCCGUCGAGUUACGCUGUUAACCAUUUGAUAAUGCUUACUGUGUUUUGCCACUUCAAUACUGCAAAUAUAUAUAUGGAAAGUUGUUCUAUCUUUUGUUA